AUGUUAAAGGAAACUAAAAAGUUUAUUGGUAAAUCCCUUCAGCCAGCACGACCUGUGCAUCAUCUGCCUUCUAAACAAGGCAUUCCGUUAAACUUUCAGACUGAAUUACCUAGCAACACUGAAGUACAUUUGCAGACUAAGGUUGACUGGUCAUCUGAAAUGACUGAAGUGAAGAUUUUAACUCAAACCAUGAUGCCUUGUCAACCAAAACAACAUGAAUCAGAAGCAAAAAAAGAAAGGAUCAAAUACAGCAGAGAUUUUCUUCUGAAACUUUCAAGUGUUUCUCUGUCUCAGAGGAAGCCAGAGUUUCUUCCUGAUCAUCCAAUUGUACUUGAAAAGCCAGAAAAGAGCAACCCUUUUAUUGACAUAUGCAAGAAAUGACAGGUUGUUUGGAAAUGACAAAUCCAUCAAUGAAGGAGCUACCUAUGAUCUAGAUCUUUAUGAUUUUUGAAGGU